AUGUCUGCCGAUCUUCUAGCUGCUUUCGGUGAGCGGAACGCUACCGGUCAAUGGGACCAGUCAUCCCAGAAAUCGCCUCAUGAGAAUGAUCGAGCCUCGCGAUUUUUUGACCCGGACAACAACAACACGGGGUGCGGGGCCUGGGGCUCAUUCUUAUCUACCUCACGAGAUGCCCGCGCCGCAAACAAAAGCAAUAGUGAACAAGGUUUCUGUGCCCGCAUGCCUACGCCAGAUUUAAAGCCAGCCCAGGUAGUGUCUACUUCAAGCAAAAACCUGUGGCGGGUGGAAAGCGGCACGGAUGUAUUGUUUGAUGCAUCCACGGAAGAUAUAAAAAACGACGAUGAAACUGAUGAAUGGGGAGAGUUUGAAACAGCAAAUCCUCCUGAGGUGGACAGUAACAGUGGUAAUGCUGAUAAUUUACUAUCCUGGGAUACUAGAAACGAUACUGCUCUUAAUAUGGCAUCUAGCGCGACAGAAAGCACAACUGCAAAAUUUCACCAACAGUCGUUGCUGGAUUUACUCCCCCCCAAUGUUGAAACGGAUGAUAAAGGAGCAAUCGAGGUAGCGGCGGCUGAUGUUUCUCUUUGGGACAACGCAUGGACAAAGUUCGAAGAAAGCAGUGGCAGUAACAUCGUUCCGUCAAAGUCUGAACAAUCGGACGAUGAUGACUGGGGGGAUUUCGCAGAUGCUACCUGGACUGCCAAUACAACUCCGGCAAUAUUUCUGGAACCAUCCAGACCGGACGUUGCCCUGCUCGAAACAACAACAGCAGAAGUAAACCAGCCAGUAUUUAUGCAACCCCCGACAACCCCCAUGGUGUCCACAAAAUCUAAUACUUUCCAACAUCGCCCUAUGAAUAUUCCCCCUCCAUCAAUCCUUCUGCCUCUAUUCCCGCCCCUUCUAGAACAAUAUUAUCAGGAAUCGGUCAAGUGCAAGCAAGUAGGGCCGAAAGAUCCGAAGCUAGUUUCAUCCCUUGAAAACGAUUUGAAGGUCAUGGCACGUAUUCUAGCCGGACGUACACUUCGUUGGAAACGAGACACCGUGUUAAGUCAAAGCAUGAAAAUCGGCCCCGCAAACUCUGGAAAAGCCGGUGGAAUGAAACUCAACAGCGUAAAUAAAAGCGAAAAUGUGAAGGAAGAGAAAGAAGCCGUCGAGGUCCUUGAAGCGUGGCAGAAGCGAAGCAGUUAUCUGAAUUCUUUCCUUUUGUCCGCUGGUGGACGCGCAGUACCCGUUCUGCCUAAAAACGUGCAAGUGAAGACGGGGACGGUUGAAGAGGACGGAGCUUUCAAGGCGUCACAUGCUUGUGGACUAUGUGGGUUGAAGCGGGAUGAGAGGAUUCCUAAAGUUGAUGGGAUCGUUCACGACAAUUUCGGAGAAUGGUGGAUUGAGCUUUGGGGACACACGGAUUGCAGGAACUUCUGGGAGGCUAAUUGCGACAGACUUAAUCAACGCUGA